CUUCAGGAGAGACGACCAGCAGCUAAACUCCAGUCUGACGAGGCGUUCAGGAACAUCAGAAGAUUACAUUCCUGCUCGUCACGAAAGUGGUGCAACAGGGAUGGGCCGAACUUUCAGGUAUGGGUGUUCAUGAUCACUUCUAUAAAGACAGCACAGGACUCAGAGGAGAGACGACCAGCAGCUAAACUCCAGUCUGAUGAGGCGUUCAGGAACAUCAGAAGGAGAGACGACCAGCAGCUAAACUCCAGUCUGAUGAGGCAUUCAGGAACAUCAGAAGUUGAUCCAAAAUGACAACAAAGACACUCUCUCGGCCCAUUGAAAAAUGGACCGAGAAAGAUGUUCACCUGUGGCUGAUGACAGAAGUCAAAGUCCAGGAGACUUGUGCAGAUAAAUUCUGUGAAGAAGAAGUGUCGGGGAUGAGUUUAUUAGAAUUUGAAAAGACAGACAUAUUGGAUUUGGGUAUAAAACACGGUCCUGCUGUAAAGAUCACAUCUUAUCUAGAAAGUCUGAAAAAGGGAACACAACAUGAGUCACAGUUCCCACCAUAUGUGAAAAACUGGACAAAGGAGCAAGUGACCCAGUGGUUACUGCAGCAUGUGAAGGUAUAUAACAAAUAUGCCGAACGGCUCGAAGAAGAAGAUGUGUCCGGCGAUUGCCUUGUUUGCUUUAAGAAGCAGGAUUUUCUGGACCUGGAAGUGAAAAAUGGUCCUACUGUAAGGAUUUUGGCAGAACUCCGUCAUUUGAACGAGAAACCAGAACCAACACUGCAACCCAUCGUUCACACCAGCACAGAUCAAACCGAAGCUGCAAAACCCACUAAACCUGAACUCAGUCUGGUACAGGACAUAGCAACCAAACAACCAGAAUCACAAAACAAAAUUGACUCAAAAACAGACAAAAUUGUGGGGGGGGAAUUUAAGUCUCAGCUGCCAUUUCAAGAGGCUUCAGAGAAGAAGGGCAUGCAGCUGCCAAAGGACUUGGGGGCCAGGAGAAAAGAAACUGUUGUGACCACAGUUCUACCAGACAUGUCCAAGAUCGCCGUGGAGAUCCAGAAAACCCUUGAAAACCUUUCAAAAGACAAUCUAAAAAAAUUUCAAUUCUAUGAAAAAUCAAUUCCCAGAGGUAAACUGGAGGGCAAAGACACGGUGGACACCGCUAAAUUAAUGACUGAAUACCAUGGACAGGAAACUUCAAGAGUCACAAUAGACAUUCUCCGAAAUAUCGAUCAGCGUGAACUUGCUCGUCAGCUGGAAAACAGGAUGGGUCAACUGGACCAGCGGUGUCUCACAAAAGAAAUUUUGAAGAAAGAAGCAAACCAGGGAGAAAAACUAAAUAAUUUGUUAACUUGUGGUGGGAACUCACUGGACAACUAUGGCAGAUUUGUAGUUGUUGUGAACAAGAGCAGUCCAGAACAAGUGCAGAAUCUCCAGUUUUUGAAUAAGCUGAAACUGUUCUGUGUGUUAGACUUUGACCCCAGCUCUGUUGAUCCAGGCGGACUGUGUCAUUCCUACAGAGAGUCAAGGGUGGCCAAUAAGCACACCCCAUCACAAUAUCAAGGACAGACUGACUCAGUGAUUAAGAACCUUAACCUCUACAAACAGACCAGCUGGGUUUUCUGCAAUGGCAGAAAUGACCUUGACAGUGACUCAAACAAAGAGUUAGAUUACAAGAACUGGCUGAGGAGAUCUUGCAAAGAUGUAGAGCAGAUGGUUUUAUUCAUUUGCAACCCUGAAGUUCUUCUCCAUGGAAAAUGUUUAAUCAUAUUCCUCCUACUUUCACCUGUGGACAAUGAAAAAAACCCGAUCUUUGACACCUACAAGGCCUUUAUAAAACAGAUCGAAGAGGAAAGCAUAAUUACUAUUUGUGCAUCUCGGAGUACGUAUGAAAAAUGGAAGAAGAUGAUACAAGAAAAGUGUGACUCCGACAUUGACCCUCGAUCUAUUUAUGAGCUGUCGCUCAGCGAGGUCAAUGGAACAGUAAUGGCACUGGGACCAUUCAAUCAGACAUCUGGAAGGCUGCUGCCUUCUUCUGACUCCAGUUUUGUUGUUUUAAAGCAGAAGGAUGAAGACUUAUUGACAGCUCUAGAUAUUUUAUGUCUGAAUCAGUGUGAAAACAUUGAUGAAAACAGUCCAGAUUUUCAUGACUUCAGAAUCAAAGUUGAGGAAGAAUUCUACAGAGGAGGCAAAGUCAAAUGGUGGAACUUCUACUUCUGUGACAAAGACAAAGACAAGCCAUUUGUCAAGCGGGACAAAUAUAAAACUGUCAAGAGGAUGAUUAUGUCUCAGUUAAGAGAUUCAAAAGACAUGUGUGUUCUGCUCAAUCUGUUUCACCAGCCAGGCUGUGGUGGUAGCACCUUAGCAAUGCAUUUGAUGUGGGAUCUUCGUCAUGAAUUUAGAUGUGCUGUGCUGAAAGACAACACACUGCCAAAAACAGAAGUUGCCAUGCAAGUCAGAAAGCUCAUGAAACUUGAAAGUGAGAAACCAUCUCGAGUUUUGCUGUUAGUUGAUGAUUUAAAAGAAACUGAGAAUCCUCAAGAUCUUGUGAGCUGCAUACAUAAGGCUGCAGUAGAGGAUAGCUUAAACAAAAAUGUGCAUAAUGCACAAAACUGCAAAGUUAUCAUCCUUAACUGUGUCCGUGUCCAUAGCCCAAAGAAGCAAUACAGACAGCACGACCCAACACAGAGUCAAUACAUAACUUCUUCAUUGACACCAGAAGAACAGAAAGAGUUUGAAAAGAAACUCAAAGAGCUCAAAGAAACUCAUGAAAAACCUGAAAACUUUUACAGCUUCAUGAUCAUGAAAAGCAAUUUUGACAAAAAGUACAUUGAUGAUCUUGCCCGUUACACACUGGAGAACUUUGAUGUCGGUUCAAAGAAGGGCCAACUGUUUGGCUUCCUAGCAUUAUUGAACACCUAUGUGGCAGCAUCUGAAAUCUCUCUCUCACUCUGUGAAGAGUUUUUUGGGAUUAAAAGAAUUCAAUUGCUAGGUGACAGUGUUAUGGACAGAAUGGAGCCAUAUUCAAACUUUCUUGUUGAGGAAAGAGUUGAAGAAUGGGGAGGAUACAAAGGAAUCAGAAUCCUUCAUCACGCCAUAGCAUCGGCAUGUCUGGAAGAGUUGGAGAGAAGGUACUGUUGGAAAGUUAGUGAUAUAACAAUGGAGAUUAUUCACUGUGAUCUGUUCUUCCGUGUUGGAUUUCUAAAAGAAAGGCUCUCAAUUAAGCAAAUGUUGAUUGAAAGGCACCGCAUAAAAGAUGGAGGUGAUAGAGAGCCAUUUUCUCCUCUCAUAGACAAAAUCCACAACCAGCAAGGUAGACAAACUGUCAAAGACGUCUUUGUGAAAGCAUCAUCAAGGUUUGAGACGAGUGCAUCUUUUCCUCAGGCACUGGCAAGAUAUUUGUACAUUAAUGAGCGUGACUUUUCAGAGGCUGUGAAAUGGGCUGAAAUGGCCAAGACCAUAAAUGAAAACCCAUUUACAUUGGACACAAUUGGGCAGAUACACAAAAACAAUUUAAUAUCUAACAACAACAGAGAAAAGCAGGAGACAUCACACAAUCCAGAAGACUUAAACACAAACAUUAAAAUAGCAGAUAAUGCUAUCAGAGCGUUUAAAAGGGCUCAAGAGCUGGCAAAUGCAGAGGAUGAACCAGAAAUGGAAAAUUCUGAUAGUCAAUCAGAAGACUACCAAAGAAAGUCAUAUAAUGUGUGUGGCUAUGUGGGUGUGCUGGAAAUUGCUUUCCUGGUCUUUAAGAUAUUGAGCAGAUUGCCAUUCUUCAAGAAAAGUGAUCCGAUGAGGAAGAAGUACUUCCAGAGUUUCCUGCAAAAAAAAAUCCCAAUCACCAGCGUGCAUAAAGAAGAGAAUGAGAUCAACAACAGAUACGUGGAGAUCAUCAAAGAGCACGAACCGUUCCUCCACAGCUUGAAAACUGAAGUAAAAGAAACAUUUGAACUUCUUGAUUGUUACUACACAUACAUAAAAGCGAACAAUUCAGAAUAUCAUUCCAAGGAUCGUUGGACCGUCUGUGGUCUUUUUAAACAGUAUGUAGCUAUUUUUUGCACUGCACAGGCGGAAAUAGUAAAAGAAAGGCAAAGCAAUCCUAAUCUCAAUUUGAAAAUCGAUAUUGAAGACCGAAGAUUGUUUCUUGAAGAGAAACAAGCAGAUACAUUUGCAGGGAUUCUUCAGCAUUUGGACAGACCUGCCGAAGAGAUUGAGUGGAUCACAGAAUGCUAUGCAUUCUUACAACAACAACAACAAUUCAUCAACCAAAAGCAAAAGACAAAGGAAACAAUCAAUCACAUUGUGUCAAACAUAGUUCUUUACCUUUUAAAACCAAAAUCUAAACAUGUAGCGAGCCAAAGCCACCUGUCUGCCCUACUUUUGAAAACUCUGCAAGAAGUAGGACUAAGGUAUCCCUUCCCAGACCCGUACUACCUGGCUCUGCUGUUAUUCUGGCCAAGUCCUAGGCAGGAAAACACAGAAAUUGUGGCAUAUGUGAGAGCAAUCCGAACCUCAUGUAGCAGGCGCCUGACUUCACUGUUUCGAAAUAGAAGCACUGUUGCCCACCUCUUCUUGGGAAAAGAAGAGGGACUCAAGAGGCUUGUCUCUAAACUCAAACUAGAUCAGAGUUUUAAAGAGAUGCGCCGUGAUACUUUGGCACAACGUUGGCGGAAUGGAGAUAUAUUUAAAGACAAAGCAAUAAUCAACAGUCUUCAUCGAGUCAGCGGAUCCAUUGAGCAAGGAGAGGUGUUUGCCAAUUAUGGAAAACUGAAAAUCCCUGUGCGUCCAGCUCUCAUUGCUGGCAUUAGAAGUGGUUUCAGCACAGAAAAAGUCUCUUUCUACAUUGGUUUUGCUAUCAAUGGACCCCUUGCUUAUGACAUCCAGUAUGAAAACUAGUUACCUUGCAAGGUGACCUAGAUUCUCAUGAUAUCACCAGAUCAGAGAGAAUAGGAGGAUUACAUAUCAUGC